AUGGAUCAGAUGUGACCCGACCCACGACUCGCCCCCACAGCUUCACUUGAUGGCCACAGCAUUCCGAUUGCCUGCCAUACACCACGCUUUGUCACAAAACAAUGUCGGCUCGAUGGGGCUCCUUUCUUUCCCAGGCCGUCGCCGGAGUCGAGGCCCGCCUGGACAACAUUCUCGCCGAGGACGAGAACGGCAUAGUGCAACAGAAGGAGACAAAAGAGACAAGAGAGACAAAACCGGCGACUCCCGUGUCGCCAGCUAAACAGAGUCCCGGUCCUUCGAGAGCUGCCUCUUCCACCCGCACCAAUGAUCGCCUCCAGGAGAGACUCGCGAGGGCCAUGGCCGCCAAAGCAGCGGCGAGAAACUCGAUAUCCUCACAGGGGAGUCCGCGCCAGAGCUUCGACGCACAGACCCGCAACUCGACCGACAGUGCGGACCGCGCGAGUCCGACUUUGAAGGAGUUUGCCAAGGAGGUCUCCUCUCCGCGCGGUUCGCAAGAUCUCCCAAGGAACUCUCAGGAUGCUGGUUCACCACAGAUGGAGGAGAGGGAUAACUCGCUCGAUGGCGGAUCAGGGGCGCGGGGGUCGGAGGAUGAGGCCAAUGGGGCGAGGAAUUCAGCAGACAUACCGCCUUCGAUAACGCCGAGCCCGAGCACUACCCCCAUCAUCGUACCUCCAAACCCGGAACCGCAAGAAGGUGUGAAGACGGCCCCCGACGACGCCGGCGACGAAGAGCAAAGGGAAAACGGAGACAGGACCGAGGACGCACAACUACAACAUCAGGAGGAGAUUCACGAAUAUGUAGAGCGAAUAGACGCUCUCGAAGCCAAGCUUCAGUUUCUUGCGAGGGAAGCCACAGACUCGGCUAGAAAGGCCGCCUUGGCCGCACCUGCGGGGAGCGCUGAGAAGAAACUGGCCGAGAAGGACCAGCAAAUUGUGCAACUGAUGGAAGAGGGCAAGAAUCUGGCGAGCACCGACCAUAAGCACCGCGCUCUUGUGAAGAAGCUGCGCAUGGACAUGGCCAAAAACGAGAAGGAGCUGGAGACCGCCAGGAUAGCCAGGGCCAAAUCGGACAAGGAAAUUGAGGACCUGCGAAGCCGAGUACGCCGCGCCCAGGAGCUUGAGAAGGCACACGAUGACCUGCAGAGGCGACUUGACCAGACACAAAAGGAGGUCAGCACACUGCGGCCAGAGAUUCGCUCCAAGGACAGCACCAUCGCUGAGCUCCGUUCCCGGCUCCAAAAGGCCAACGAGCAGGCGGACGCCAUGACCAUCAAGGCGAACGAGAAACCCCGCGAGCAGGACAAGCGGCGGAUCGCAGACCUGGAGGAGGAAGUCGCCGCGCUUAAAGUCGAGAAAGCCCUCGUCGCCGACCGCGGCAAAGCGCAAGCUACCGAGUUGCGCGAGAAGGCCGAGAGGGCCGGCGAGCGGGCGCGGGCAUUGGAACUUGAACUCAAGGCCGAGAUGCAGGUGAUGGAGGGAAAGCUCGAGGCUAUGCGCACGCGAGCCGAAGAGGCGUCGUCGGGCGUCGCUGGGGACUCGCAGGCCAAACUGCUCCGGCAGGUCGAGACGCUGCAGACACAGUAUUCGAUCGCGAGCGAGAACUGGCAAGGCAUUGAGACAACGCUGCUGGCGCGGAUCACGGGCCUGGAGAAGGAUCGGGACGAGGCGCUGCAGAGGGAGUCGGAGAUGCGGAGGAAGGCGAGGGAAGCGGCUGUUCGUGCAAGGCGUCAGGAGGAGGAACUGGACGAGGCCAAGACCAAGAUCCCCACCAUCCAAGAAGACGUCAAGUCCUACCAAACCCAGCUCGACUCGCUCAAGAAACGGGCCGAAGAAGCCGAAUCAGCACUAACCAAAGCAAAAGCCGAGUUCGAAAAGCAAAAACAAGCCUGGGAAACCGAAAAAGAGGAACGCCAGCUCCGCGACGUCCCAGAACGCCCCCGGUCCUGGCUCGAAGGCCUCCCGGGCGGUGGCUCGUUCCUCAAACCGGACAGCCGGCCGGCUUCACCACAACUAACCGCCCCACAACGGACCUUCAGCACCGAUUUCCUCGGCAUCUCAACCCUCGCCAGCAAAGGCCGCAAGACGUCAGGCCCCUCCAGCACCAGCGACGCAGGCGGCGGCGGCGGCGGCGUCCUCGCCGAGCCGCGCAUGCCCUUCUCCCGCCGCCCCUCGGCCCAGCACCCGCCCAGCCGGCCCACCAUCAACUCCAACCCGAGCGGCGGCAGCGGCGUGUUUAGCCCGCUUAGCGUCUUCAGCCCCACCUCGGAAGCCCCCGCUUCGCACCCGCUCGACAUGAUGGAGGUGCAGCGGGGCGAGGACGCGUUCGGGGGCGGGGCCGGGGCCGGCGUCAUCGGCGUCGGCAUGGGCAUGGAGCGGUCGGCGUCGCCGCAGCAGGUGCUGCAGGACAUGGUGUCGGUGUCGACGGUGGCGGCGGGCCCGUCGGUGCAGCUGGUGGAGCGCAUGAGCGCGGCGAUCCGGCGGCUGGAGAGCGAGAAGGUGGCGGCGCGGGAGGAGCUGGCGCGCAUCUCGCGGCAGCGCGACGACGCGCGCGCCGAGCUGGUCGCGCUGAUGCGCGAGGCCGAGGGGGGGAGGGCGGCCGGGAAGAAGGUCGAGGUGUUGGAGGGCGAGGUGGCGGUUAUGAAGGAGCGUUAUGAGACGACGUUGGAGUUGUUGGGUGAGAAGAGCGAGCUGGUGGAGGAGCUGAGGGCGGAUGUCGAGGAUGUGAAGGCUAUGUAUCGGGAUCUGGUGGAGAGGACUAUUAAAUGAGGAGGCGCUGGCUGGCGCCGGGCUUGGCUUGGGACUUUUUGGGGGGGAGCAUUCAUGUAUCACGACUUUUUGCAUGGGGAAUGAAUGUAGCGGACUAGGAGAUACCAUCAAAUAGGAGCCGAUUUUGCUAUGCCUUGUUCUUCUCUUAUCCUGGCUAGCCGCCUUUC